CCACCUCAGGCCUGGGGUCUCUCGAGGGCUUGCUGUAGUGGCGGGAGGGGAGGGAGGACUCCCUGUGGUAUUUUUCCCGGUAAAGUUUGAUGGCCUUUGUUUGAGAAGCAAACUUCAGUCUCUCCUUUUCAGGGUCUCUUAGCUGCUUAAUCGAAAACGAUGCAGACAGGAAAGUAAAGCAAGAUUUCAAGAUGGAAAGUCCAUCAGACUCAGCUGUGGUGUUACCUAGCACUCCACAGGCUGGUGCCAAUCCACCGUCUCCUCGUACAAGCAGUUCAAGAAAACAACCUAUGAGUGCAACCCUUAGGGAACGAUUAAGGAAAACUAGAUCUUCAUUUAAUUCUUGUUAUGGUGUGGUAAAACGACUUAAAGUAGAGAGUGAAGAAAAUGAUCAGACCUUUUCAGAGAAACCAGCACCUUCAACAGAAGAAAACUGUUUGGAAUUUCAAGAAAAUUUUAAACACAUAGACGGUGAAUUUGAAGAAAGUACAUAUUUGAAAAAUACCUUCAAGAAUAUCAAUGCAUGUGCAUCUAAAUCACUUGAUUCUGAGUCAUGCAGUGACCUCCGGAAUGACUUCAUGAGUGAGAAUCUUCCCAAACAUGGAUUAAACAAAGAAAAAGCAAAAUUGGUGAAGCAGAUUCAGGAGAAAGAAGAACUUCUUCGGAGGCUAAAACUAGUCAAAAUGUAUAGAUCAAAGAAUGACCUGUCUCAGUUACAGAUGUUAAUAAAGAAGUGGAGAAGCUGUAGCCAGCUGUUGCUUUAUGAGCUGCAGUCAGCUAUGUCUGAGGAGAACAAGAAACUAAGCCUUACUCAGCUGAUAGACCACUAUGGGUUAGAUGAUAAAUUGCUACACUAUAACAGAAAUGAAGAAGAAUUUAUAGGUGUUUAAUUCAUAAUUUUUUUCUCCAGAAUGUCUUUGUGGAUGACAAUGUAAUUAAAAGAUAUUUAUACAUUUUAAAGGGAAGAUGUAAACCAUUAGGGCUUAGAGAAAGGUAUCCUGGUGAACCUGGAUCAAUUUAGGGCCUUUGUUAUAUAAGUAUAAACCAGGUUCUAAAAUGAAAAUUUAGUGUUUUGAAUAAAUUUGCCAAAGAAAACUUGACAGUUAAAGAAAGGUGAAAAAAAUUUUUUUAAAUUAAAUCAUGAUUAAAAAAAUAAUUUGGACAACUGUGGAAGUGAGUUUUAAUACAUUGUUCUAUUUAUUGUGGUAGAAGUUUUAUUUUAAAUGUUAAAAAACAGUCCAUCUAGUGAAUGUCUAAACUGAAACUUGUCUGAAAAUGUCUGCCUCUCCUAAGUUUACGCCUCUCCUAAGUUUAUGCCUCUCCUUUGUUUCCACCCAUUUACCACAUAUUUCCAUCUGGAUGGUCUAGCAGGUAAGCACAUAUGUUCAAAAUUACAUUAGUUUCUGUCUCUUCAAAUUUGUUACUUGUAUUCGUCAUCUCAGUUAGUGAAGUGAUCAUCUAUUUCUUAUAAAACCACAUGUCCUCAUCACCCACUUCAGGGCAUCACAGCAUACAGGGCCUUUUACAUUCAUCUACCUUUCUAGUUUUAUCUGUGAAAUAGGUAAAAGCUAGCGUAUCUACUCCAUUAACAGUGACUCCUCAGUCAGAAACCCACCUUCACUGGGAUGGGGUUCUGGCUGCCAUGUUGUACGUUAUCUGUCAUCCUGGCCAUAGAUGGACCCAAGCAUCCCAGUCCUUGAGAAUUCGGAAUUGAGCUCAAGAAAAGAAAGCCCAUCUCUUUUUGUGGCUGGAGCUGUUGUAUGUGAACUUGAAAGCAGAAAAGCUGGUGUGCUUAAGUCUGCCCUUACAGAGAAAGGCAGAGAUGACGGAGAGAGAACUUUGUGGGUCAGUGGCUUCUUGGUUCUGGUUUCCAGUCUCUUGGGUCCUUUUAAGGGCUGAGACAGCUUUACUUAGUUGUGUUUUUUUUCCCCCCAAUCUUAAAAGAAAAGUACUUCCCUACUACUUGGUAAACAGCCACUACCCUAAGCUUCCCCGCUCCGCCCCCAGCUGCUCCUUACUCUCAGCCCAGUCCUUCCCCGUGAUCCAACAGACUAUUAAUGUUGGCAUAUCAAGACCCUGCUCUUGCAUGCAUUCGAAUUGUUAAUGCCCAUGCCAGUAACCUAACCCUCACCCCGGCCUCAAUUCUUGCUUUCUAGACACGCCAUCGUCAUUGGCUUCUGUGAACCCAAGAGGACUGGCCUUCCCUGGCUCUGGGAUUCCCAGAUGGGCAUCCCUGGGAAGCUGUGCUGACCAGCCUCCAUUGCUUCUUGCUGCUCAGCCAGAGGUCCUAAAUGUGGCAGGAGAAGUGGUUUCCCUGGUGAUGGUGCCAGCAUUUGACUGCAGCUGCCCAUUACUGACUAGCACAUCCCCUGGAGUCACCCUUACACGUCCAUUUGGGGGAACUACAGCAUCAAUGGGACUCUGGUUUUGGGAGAGUUGGGGAGCAGUUGGUGCUAUAGCAAUGGGGAUUUCUAAGGCAUUGGCUAGGUGCUGAGGGCUCCAACAGCUCAGUGAGCACUUCUACAAGAGGAGGUGGAUCAUGGAGUAUGGAUGGGGCUUAUGGGAGAGUUUGGGGCCUAGGGGUGCCCAUGAAGCAGUCCCCUUUUUAAUAAUUUCUAUUGAAUUUCACCUCCAUUUAAUAGGAUAUAUUUAUUAAGAACUACUGAAUAAGAAUUAUUUUUAUUCAUUAAAAUGAAAGCUAACACUUAGCACUUGCUUUGUGCCAGUUUUAAAAGUAUGUUAACUCAUUUGAGUUUUACAAUUAUCAACAUCCCAAUUUUAAAGAUGAGGAAAUUUUAAGAUUAACUAGUUAUUUAGUGACAGUCAGAAUUUGAACCCAAGCGACCCAGCAACAGAGCUCAUAACCAUGUUAUGUUUGACCCAAUUAAUUAUAUAUAUUACUACUUGAUAAUAUAGAUAAUAUUUUAAAGGGCUAUAAAAAUACAAAUAUAAUUGCUCUUAGUUCAGCAGAAGCUGAGAGGAAUCAGUACCAUAAACAUAUCAAGAGAGAGGACUGGGUUCCAUGACCCAUGUGCCCUUCCAAAGCACCUGCCAAUAACCCCAAAGCAGAAGAUGCCUCUUGUUGAAAGUGCUGCUACUAGAAUACAGCUUGGGGGGGCAAGAGGCUCUUGCUAACCUCCACUCUAUUUAUGCCUCAAAGCUGAGGCAUUCAAGCAAGGAGCAUUGCCAGAAUCACUCAGGGUAGACACUAAGAAACAGAAACGAAACAGGCUGUUAAGACCUGGGAAUCCACAGAGCACUGUCCAGCGAAAUUUGUGGCCUUGCCUUAGUAGCAAAUGGAGGCUCCAGUAGCUAACUUAGGUGACAUGGAAAUGUUACCAAUAGGCACUACCCUGCUUAAUCAGCCAAAUCGACUACUUCAGGAGUCAUUCUAGGUCUAAGGGGGGGAGAUGUCAAAAUGAUGUUGGUUCUAUUUUCCUUACCAUUCCCACCACUGAUCACUAUACAGGUGAUCAAUUAUGGUACUAUCCUGGCAAUUUCUAAAUAGAAGGUUUUAAAACUUCUAAAUUUUUUUUUCUAAAUAGAAUGUUUUAUAAUUGCUCUCUUGCUUUACCUACACCAGUGUACAUUGGGUAUGGUGUUACUAAUUAAACUUAACAUUUAAUUCACAAAUUGCAGAACAUUGAGACAUUGACACCCUUUGGAGAUUGUGGUUAAUGAUCCCAAUGGUAUUACCUUGGAAUGCAGCAGUCCAUAGGCUAUGGAAAGGCAAAGCAGUUUUCUGAACAGUUAAUCUUCUCAUUACUUAUUUAUCAUCAUCUACAUGAAUAAAGUGAUAAACUAUUUCACGGAAAUGUAAGAAUUCUGAUCACCAAAUUCCUUUGUGUGUGUCUGUGUUUCUCCACACCAAGCAAUUCUCAAAACACCAUCUGGAUGUCCUACAAUUCAACUAAAUUCUGACACAUCUAUCUGGAGACAGCAUCAGAUUCUACAAGUUAAGGGCUCAGACCCACAAGACCGCCCUCCACUUCAGAUGCCAUU